AUGGAAGGGAUGGAGCAGACCGGGGAGCCGGUGGGCGGAGCCAGGCCAGAAACCCCUCCACCUUCCUGGGGUCAGAAGACCCUGCCCAGAGGAGGUCACCCACAGACAGGCUGGAGAGAAGGCCAGGCCGAAUCGGGAGCUGCAGCAGAGGACCCUGGCCCCAGUCACUCUGUGGGCCCUGACCCUGGUCACACUCUGACCUCUGACCCUGCUCACACUCUGGGCCCUGACCCUGCUCACACGCUGAACCCUGACCCUGCUCACACGCUGAGCCCUGACCCUGCUCACACGCUGAGCCCUGCCCCUGGUCACACGCUGGGCCCUGACCCUGGUCACGCCCUGAACCCUGACCCUGCUCACACGCUGGGCCCUGACCCUGCUCACACGCUGAGCCCUGCCCCUGGUCACACGCUGGGCCCUGACCCUGGUCACGCCCUGAGCCCUGACCCUGCUCACACCCUGGGCCCUGACCUGAAAGCUCCUGGUAGAACUGAGGGUGACCAGCGGCCUCUUGGCGUGGAGGCCUCCUAG